CCAUGAUUUUAGUUUUGAGUAUUUGGUAAGAGAAGUUGUGAUACAUAGGAAGUGAAUCAAUUCAAGUCAGCCAAAUCUAAAUAACUCCACAAGUCGUGUGAGUAUCGGAUAAGAUAAGACAACAUAGAAUAGUAUGGUUUUAGUGGGUUAUUAUUAGAUGAGCCAAAUCUCAUGGUCCAGCUUCCAACACUUGCGCCAAAUUUUGAAAACAUGCAUAGCACAGAGAGACCUCUUAACAGGCAAAUCAAUCCAAACCCUAUACAUCAAAUCUCUCAUCCCACCCUCCACCUACCUCUCCAACCACUUCAUCCUCCUCUACUCCAAGUGCCGCCGCCUCUCCGCCGCUCGCAACGCCUUCUCCGCCACCCCCUUCCCCAAUGUCUUCUCCUUCAACGCCAUCAUCUCCGCCUAUGCCAAAGAAUCUCUGCCCCACAUUGCCCACCAACUGUUCGACCAAAUUCCCCAACCAGACCUCGUCUCUUACAACACCCUCAUCUCUGCCUACGCCGACCACGGCGAUACUGCCCCUGCUGUUGGGUUGUUUAUGGGGAUGAGACAGAUGGGUAUUGACAUGGAUGGGUUUACUUUUUCUGGGGUCAUCACUGCUUCUUGCAAUGAUGUUGCGUUGAUUAGACAAUUGCAUUCGUUGGUUUUGGUGGGUGGGUUUGAUUCUUAUGUUUCGGUCAACAAUACCCUUAUCACGUAUUAUAGCAAGAAUGGGUAUUUAGAUGAGGCGAAGAGAAUUUUUUACGGGAUUGAUGAGAUUAGAGAUGAGGUUACGUGGAAUUCUAUGAUAGUGGCUUAUGGGCAGCACCAUGAAGGAUAUAAAGCACUGGUUUUGUAUCAGGAAAUGGUACAUAGGGAUUUGAGAAUCGACAUGUUCACUUUGGCUAGCGUUUUGACUGCAUUUACGUGCUUGGAGGAUUUGUCAGGCGGGCGUCAAUUUCAUGCUCAUUUGAUUAAAACAGGGUUCCAUCAGAACCCUCAUGUUGGCAGUGGUUUGGUUGAUUUGUAUUCGAAAUGUCAUCGAGGUGGUAUGUUAGGUUGUAAGAAAGUGUUUGAAGAAAUUCCAGAGCCAGACUUGGUUCUCUGGAACACAAUGAUUUCUGGGUACUCUCAAAAUAUGGAGUUGUCCGAAGACGCACUUGGUUGUUUCCGGCAGAUGCAGCGCGCUGGUCACCGUCCUGAUGAUGGAAGCUUUGUGUGUGUGAUAAGUGCGUGCUCUAAUUUGUCAUCUCCAUCGCAAGGAAAACAGAUUCACUCUUUGGCGCUUAAAUCUGAUAUUCCAUCAAAUCAAAUUUCUGUGAAUAAUGCCCUCGUUGCAAUGUACUCAAAAUGUGGGAAUCUUCACGACGCCAGAAGGUUAUUUGAUGGGAUGCCAGAGCAUAACACGGUUUCUUUAAAUUCAAUGAUUGCAGGUUAUGCACAACAUGGUAGAGGGACUGAGUCAAUAGUCCUCUUUGAGCGUAUGCUAGAAAUAGAUACUACCCCUACCAGUAUAACCUUUAUCUCCGUCCUUUCUGCAUGUGCACACACUGGAAAAGUUGAAGAAGGGCAAAAAUAUUUCAAUAUGAUGAAUGAGAAAUUCGGGAUUGAACCAGAAGCGGAACACUACUCGUGCAUGAUUGACCUUUUGGGUCGAGCAGGUAAACUUGAGGAAGCAGAGAGGCUCAUUAAGUCAAUGCCAUACAAUCCCGGCUCCAUUGGUUGGGCGGCAUUUCUUGGUGCUUGUAGAAUACAUGGAAACAUAGAGCUAGCAAUUAAAGCAGCCAACGAAUGUCUUCGACUUGAACCUUCAAAUGCUGCUCCGUAUGUCAUACUUGCAAAUAUGUAUGCCAGUGCAGGCAGAUGGGAAGAGGUAGCGACAGUGAGAAAACUAAUGCGAGACAAGGGAGUGAAAAAGAAACCCGGUUGUAGCUGGAUUGAGGUGAACAAGAGGAUACACGUGUUUGUGGCUGAGGAUAGUUCACACCCGCUGAUAAAGGAAAUUUAUGACUUCUUGCAGGAGAUGUCAAAGAAGAUGACACUAGCAGGGUAUGUGCCUGAUGUGAGAUGGGUUUUGGUUAGGGAUGAUGGAACUAGGGCACGUGAAAAGGAGUUAAGGCUGGGACAUCAUAGUGAGAAACUAGCGGUUGCGUUUGGGCUGAUCUCGACUAAAGAUGGGGAGCCUAUACUAGUGGUGAAGAAUCUCAGGAUAUGUGGGGAUUGUCACAAUGCAAUUAAAUUUAUAUCUGCAAUCACAGGGAGAGAGAUCACUGUGAGAGAUGCCCACAGGUUUCAUUGCUUCAAGGAUGGACACUGUUCUUGUGGGGAUUAUUGGUGAUAAAUCAAGCAAACCUAAAUUUAUUAGGCCAUGACAUCAACUGGAAAACUCAGUUGACGCUAGAUUGGUCAAUUGUUAGCAGAUUGGGUUAAAAAUGUUCUUGUAUUAAUUUGCUUAAUCUUUUUGAGAAUCAGAAUUGAAGCUAUAUUGGCUUAUAGGGAAUUGUUGAAAAAAAUUGGGCCCUAAUUUGGGAAGUUCAAAUAUCGUUGUACUGAGAAAUUUUUUCCUUGUUAUUCAUCAGAAUGUAAAGCCAAUUCUCAAGAAAAUAUCAAUUGAGACCUUGUGCUUUGAUA